AUGGGUAAAAUCAAGAAGAAGGGCACGAGUGGUAACGCCAAGAACUACAUCACUCGCUCACAAGCUGUGCGGAAACUUCAGAUUUCACUACAAGACUUCCGACGACUGUGCAUCUUCAAGGGCAUCUACCCACGAGAACCUCGCAGCAAGAAGCGCGCCUCAAAAUCAUCGACGCCGAGCACGACCUUCUACUACACCAAGGACAUACAAUAUCUCCUCCACGAACCGCUGCUGAACAAGUUUCGAGAUCAAAAAGCACUUGCAAAGAAGAUCAGUAAGGCAUUGGGCCGAAAUGAAGUCAGUGAUGCUGCACGAUUGGAGAGAAAUCUGACGCCGCGGAUACGACUGGACCAUAUUAUCAAAGAACGCUACCCGACUUUUGUGGAUGCCCUGCGAGACCUCGACGAUGCGCUGUCCAUGCUCUUCCUUUUCGCCAACCUCCCUUCCACCUCAGAAGUACCUGCAAAGACGAUCGCCAAGUGUCAGCGACUGACCCUGGAGUUCGAGCACUACCUCAUUCGAACACAUACUCUCCGGAAGUCUUUUCUCAGUAUCAAGGGUAUCUACUAUCAAGCUACGAUCCAAGGCCAGGAUAUACUAUGGCUUGUUCCGUACAAAUUCGUGCAGAGAACUGCUGGCGACAUUGACUUCAGGAUCAUGGGCACGUUCGUGGACUUUUACACCACUCUUCUCGGCUUCAUAAAUUUCAGACUGUAUACAGGCAUCGGGUUGGUGUACCCUCCGAGGUUGGAUGCGCAGUCGGAAGAGCAGGGAGCUGAGCUUGCGGCUUUCCAUCUCGAAGGGCAGGCGGAUGGUAAGGAAGAAGUCAUAGCGGGCGAGAUCAUGGACACGGACACCAACGCAAAGGCGCAGGCUGAGGCCGACAAGAUGCUCGCAUUGUCUGGACCGGACACGGAGGAUGUGGAGAGAGAAGUGAUCCAGAAGGCAGAGGAGACGAAUGCAUCGACAGCUCUCGACCAAUUCGCUUCGCUUGAUCCUUCAGCAGACGCACUUCUACAACCAUCUUCGACCGCCGAUGCCGAGAGUGCCGGCCAGCUAUUCGAGGCCUUCACAUUCUUCCUGUCCCGCGAAACACCACGACAUCCACUCGAAUUCAUCCUCAAGUCCUUCGGCUGCAAGCGCGUAGGUUGGGAUACAUCACUAGGUGAGCCCGGCGCAUACUGCCCCGAGGACGACAAGCGCAUCACACAUCAAGUCGUGGAUAGGCCGGACAUACCGCUACCCUCGCCACCUUUAACGGACGGUGAAGCCGAUGAAGAUGCCGCUCCCACAAGAACGAGCAAUCACCGUGUACCUGGUAGAAUAUACGUGCAGCCACAAUGGAUCUGGGACACGAUAAAUGCUGGUCAGCUCCAACGGCCUGAUUUGUACGCGCCUGGUGCCACGCUGCCACCUCAUCUCAGUCCGUGGGUCAAGCCGAAGAAAGGCGACUAUGAUCCAACUCUAUCUUUGGCGGAUCAGGCUACCGCAGGCGAAGAGGAAGAGGCUUCAGAUGAUGAGGCCGAGGCGGAUGAGGCGCUGGAGGCUGCUGGUGAUGGCGAGGAAGUUGAAGGUGUCAGAGGUGACGAUGAGGCUAGAGAGGUAGAAGAAGAGCUUGAAGCAGACGAAGGCAUGGAUGUCGAGCUCGCUGCCUCAGACGACUCCGAAGACGACGAAGAUGCAGCACCUGGCGCCGCGGACGACGACUGGGACGGUCUUUCCGAUGAUGAAGGCGAAGCACCAGAAACCGACCACGCCACGCGCGAAGCCCGCGAACACCAGCUCGAACUAGAGGCGGAAGCUAAAGGCCAAAUUAUCAAAACCAGCGAUGAAGGUGAGAAGAAAAAGCAGGCGCGACAAGCGAAGAAGGAUGUCAGGACCCGUGCCGAGAGAGAGGCAGAGGAGGAUGUGGAGAGGAGGAAAAUGAUGAUGUCGAGGCGAAAGAGGAAGAUGUUUGAGAAGAUGGUUUAUUCUAAUGCCCGCAAGGAUGAGGAGACGGAGAAGUUGAGGGGAAAGAGAAGGAAGAUCGAGAAGGGGGGCGCGAAGGCUUGA